GGCGUGACUGUACUAUACACUGGACCACUUGUAAAGAAAAAUGUUAUUUCUUGACACCUUUUGAUAAGAUACGCAUGGCUUCACCCUUUUGAAUUUAAAAAAUGGAAGACGCAUCCUGGCGAUACAAGAUUUACAACGAAAUCAUACAGUCUCAAGGACAGCAGGAUUCCGGCUAUUUGGACCAAGAAAAUCGGUACGACGAAACAGGAAACCGUUCAUCGAAAUUGAAACUCGCCGAGGAUGUGAAACUUGGCAAAGACCACGGGGAUUCGCAUUCAGAUUCCGAUUAUCACUCGGAUGUUAAACCCGAAAGGAAAUGGACAGGAAAUAGCAACAGAGAUCACGAAAGGUUUGAUGGUGGAUAUGCAGAUGAAAGGGCUGUAAACAGUGAUUUUGUUGGCCAAAUAUCUUGCGGUGGGGACCCCUAUACAGGAAGUGAUCGUCACGGUAACCAACGUACCGCGUCCCAGAACCCCAACGUUUACACCAAGCAAGGUCGGGAACAACCACGACAAGUUGAGCCGGAAUAUGAUCAGAUCCACGGCUCAUAUCGGUACCAUCGUGAAUCCGAAGACCCGGGAAAUGGUCGUCAGGGGAAAACUCAGGAGGAUCGAAAUGAAUCGGGCAAAUCGUCAACAAAAUCUAGCUUCGCGCCACACGUAGAUGGCCCCAAAUACGGCAGCCUGAGGUCACACACCGCGGCCAAUCCGCAAGCCGAUCGGUGGCACACGGGUUCAGAGGGUAGAGCGCGGAUGCCUCAGUCAUUAGUCACUAGUGCGGGCAGUCAUCAAAGCAGCGAUUACCGCAGUGAUCGUGCGUCGACUAAGGUGCAAGAAUCACGGAACAACCACGAUUCAUCUUCAGGGAAAUACAGUGAUUACGAGUACAUUCACGAGGCUUACAGUGGCGGGCCUGACCAGCAGAUACAGAGGGGAAAUCCUGGGGAAUACUGGGACAACAGGCAAACAUCGGCAAUCACCAGUGAGGGACAUUCGCGUGAACCCUCGGGUGUGAAACAGCAACAGCGGAGCUCACGUAGGUCUCACAGCAGGUCAAGUGAUCAAGAGGGUUUUGUGUAUGCCCCUGACAUAUCACAGAGCCCAUCGCAGGAACAUCAGCCACAUUUGUCAAGAUCUUUGCAGUCUGCCUUCCAUUAUCCAUCUGAUCAGCAGUUCUCGUCUCGCCACUCAGGGUCUGGCUCAAAUCGUUCCUCCAUCACCAGCAGCAGCUCGGCCGACACUGGUUCCAGUCACUCACAAGACAGAGAAUGGGCAAGAGUUAGGCAGAGCAACAGGAAAAACAAACAUUACAAGGAGGGUCUGCAGGAGUCCCAAAAAUCACCCCAAUCAAGCGACCUACAGCAGCCAAAUCCAGACAACCAGGACUGGUAUAGACUAGUGCAGAAAGCAGAAAGAGCUGAUGCACGUUCUGUUUCAAAGGAAGCUUCGUUGCCACAUUCAGGUUACCGUCCACCACCAUCAUCAUCAGCUGAAAAGUCUUCCAUUGCACCAACAGAAGCAGAGACUUAUUCUCAAGAACCAAAGUACACAAACAAUAAAUCUGCUUCAAUGCACUCAAAUAAUGUACCAACAAAGGUGAAUGGUGCAAAAAUCGCUCAACGUGACGCAGUAAAUAUGAAACAAACGGGGCCUUUGGUGACCACAGGUUUUGCUUCUGAGCCUGUCCGGCCUUUAAGCAAAAAGACGCAUGGAACAGCAGAAAUUGCUUCAGCUCCUUUGCCCAGAAAGAACCCCCUCCUCCGUUAUGACGUUGUCCCGCCCAAAGGAAAUGGACCAUCUGAGGCAGAGCGUAAACUGGAAGAGUUGACGAGACAGCUCGAAAUUGAAUUAGCUGAAAACCCAGAUGGUGAAGAGUUUGGAUGCUGCGUGAAGUGUGGGGAGAAAGUGACUGGCGCGGGGCAGGCAUGCCAGGCCAUGGGGAACCUCUACCACACCAACUGUUUCACGUGCUGUUCCUGUGGAAGAACAUUGAGGGGCAAGGCAUUCUACAAUGUACACGGCAAUGUUUACUGCGAAGAAGACUAUCUGUAUUCUGGCUUUCAACAAACAGCGGAGAAAUGUGCGGUUUGCGGGCACCUCAUUAUGGACACAAUUCUUCAAGCCAUGGGCAAGUCCUACCACCCUGGCUGUUUCCGCUGCGUAGUCUGCAACCUGUGCUUGGAUGGGGUACCGUUUACCAUAGAUGUUGACCAUAAGAUAUACUGCGUCAAAGACUACCACAAGAGAAGGAGAAGAAUCUACGCUCCCAAGUGUGCGGCCUGCAGGGAAGCUAUUUCUCCGGUAGAGGGCACCAUGGAGACGGUGCGAGUGGUAUCGAUGGACAAGGAUUUUCACGUGGAAUGCUACCGAUGUUUGGACUGUGGACUUCAGCUGUCAGACGAGGACGGUAAAAGGUGCUACCCUCUUCACGAUGACCUUCUGUGCUACACCUGCCACAUCCAGAGGCUAUCUCCUGGAGCUACUCCCUUCUCCCCGCAGCCUACCAGCCCUACGGAGCAGUUCUCACCAGUCUUAUCACCUAGUACCACCGUUCCGACUUCAGCAAGCCCACCAGAGACCCCGACAGAUCCGACCCCGGGGGCAGCGCAUUACACCACCGGGUCCACGGCUCCCAACAGGAGGGUGAACCCGCCUCACUAUGCACCCUUUGCCGGAGCGCGGUUUGCCACGCCGGGGACCCCCCCACCGGAUCCCCCACCCUACUCGCCCCACGAUCCCCUGAGGGACAUGUACAGCUCCACCUCCCCGAAAGCAGGGGAGAGGGGGUUCCAGUACAGGGGGUCCAAGGCUGAGCAGCAGGGGGCCCACUCCUAUCAGGGAAGGAACCCCCCUGAAUCGGGCGAUGGUGCUGAUGGAAACCAGUCGUCAAGCUACGUUGUGACUGAUUUAUGAGGCUUGGGACCAGCUUUUUGUAUGGUAUUCUUAGACAACCUUUUCACUCUGUGAAUUCUAGUAAGGAGAUGUAAAACAGUUUAAUAUCAACCUGAAUCUUUAGGAUUUCAAAUAAGCUGAAGCAAGAUAUAAAUAAUGACGUGUGUCUAAUUUAAGGUUACAAUGUGUAUGAAACUGUUGUUGUAACUUAAGGUAUAUUUAUAAUGCAAGCCAUUUCACUAAACUGCGAUAUAAUUGUGAUUUCCUAGAUAAUGGUCAGUCAGUGUACCUAUACAAAAUAACAAACGCUUUUGUCUUUUGGCCUUUUGAACAACACAAACAUGUGUCAGGGUUAGACUGUUUCUUCAUAUUUUUGUUUACAUAGUAAUUUUCAGAGUUCUUGGUUUUCUUGAUCGUCUUUGCAUAAGGCCUUUUUUUAUAAACAAUGGUGUGUUUUUUUUUUUUUUUUUUUUUUAAAGUGUCCAUCCUAGAAUGCGCCCAGUUGGGCUACAAAAUGCAUUUUUAAACAAAAUAUGUUAAUUGGAAAGAGCAUUUAAAAGUAGGAUAUACAUCCACACAACUAGGCGUUUUUGUGUUAUUCUUGUAAGAACGAAUUUCGGGGGUCAAAAUUUUUUUGUUCGUCUUUGAUUUCCUAUUAUUCCUCCAUUUUGAGCAUUCUGCACUGUAGACAGUUCACUUUAGGGGCGACUGCAGGACACAUUUUCCUAAAAAAAAAAAUUGAGGUCAAAUAUGCCUGGAAAAUGGUGUGCUGGGAUUUUUCAAUGUAUAAUUUUCAUUUUACAUUUGCAACUUGUUAGAGAGGAAAAUGGUGAUAGUUUUAGUACUACAUUGUAUAAAGGAGAUAUUUUAGAUAAGUGUUUGGCAGAGUGUUAGAAUAUUCUAAGUUGUAGUCUGUCUCGCAACCUUUUUAUAACAUGUACAUUGUAUUGGCUGAUUUUAUAAUGUAUAGUGCCUUCUUACUACGACACAUAUAGCUGGGAUAUAUAUGUAUAUGGUAGAUAGUUUAUGUCCAUUUCCAGUUGAUGGAGAAAGGCUGAAUCAGACAUCAAGCAAUAAAGCAGCUGUACCCAAUGCAAAGCUUUUUGGAAAAAAUUGUGUUUUUGCUCCACCCAUAAGAAGUCUAUGGAAUAGCAUGCAGGUAAGUGUUCUUUCAGCAAAACAAAAACAAUUCACAUAGGGAUGUAUGUGAAUUGUUCUUGUUUUGCUGAAAAAACACAAUCUUUUUGUGAUGCGUGGACAGAAGUUUAA